AUGCUUGGCAUUCAUGCGAAACGUUUCGGCGAAAAAUAUCGUCAUUUACAAAUGGUGAGGAGUCGAGCAAAUUCGCGGAAGUCAAGCCUACAGGGUUCGAUUGAAAACCUGGACAUAUCAGAGCUAGAACUCGAUGAACCUAUAGCAGACAGUGAUUCUCUUGCUGGGGCUGGUGGGCUAACUGAAGUGUCGCAUCAUCGGCAGCGCGUAAUAAACGUAUCAAACGCGCCACCGGUGUCCCUCAAACGCAAAGUGAGUGGAAGCUGGGAGAUUCAACAAGGCAGCGGUGGGCUUGUAGCAUGCGUUGAUCCAGUAAUGAGCAUCGAUAAGCAGAAUGUUUGGCUUGCGAAUCUUGGAGUGCCUCUGAACGGAUGUCAACGACGCCAUUCUGAUGAACAUGGAGCGCCGUCAACUAACUCGCUUGGAUUACCACUUCUUCAACAGGCAAAUGCUGGCGAAAUAUUCCACGUUUUGGGGGACGACCCGAAGCCAAACACACUGACGGAAAAUGAGAGAGAUGUCGAGCGUGACAUGUCGUUGUUAUCUGUGCUGCAAGAUUACAACAAGUCUAAUUAUCAGCUCAAUCCCGUAAUUGUGAACCAGGAAGAUUACAAUACAUAUUAUGGUGGUAUUAGUAACGGGCUACUCUGGCCAGCGUUGCACAAUCUGUCCGAAUAUAUUGUCAAAGAUUAUGAUGACGAGCAGGCUGCUUUUCAGGUUGGCUUUUUCCUGCACAUCCCAUUCCAGCCUCCGGAAAACUGGAUGACCAAAUAUCGUAUCGUUGCUGAGCCAAUAAUGCGGGCACUUCUUCGGUUCACUAAAGUGGGCUUCCAGACUCACCGGGAUCGGCAGAAAUAUGUGGAGCUGGUAAAGAAGCAUGUUUCCCGUGUGCGGAUCCAAUACGAGAGUACCGUUGACAUAUUCACCAUUGCACAUGAUGGCUUCACUUGUUCAUUGGGUGUUUUCCCAGUAUCAAUCAAGAACGAGGAUUUCCUGAACAUUGCAAAACAACCAGAAGCCGCGAACCAGGCAUCCGAAAUUCGUCAGGAGUUGCUUUCUGCUGGAUCAGAUCGCGGAUGUAUUUUCUUCUCUGUGGAACGAUUUGAUUAUACAAAGGGCAUCGCAGAAAAGCUUAAGGCGUGGAAGCGUUACUUUGAGAAAUAUCCGGAACGUAUCGGACUGGAUGUGUUGUAUCAGGUAGCGGUUACUAAUCGGCGGUCGGUUGAAUCAUAUCGCGUGUAUCAGGACAAUUGCCUGAAGAUUGUUGACGAAGUGAAUAGUGCUUUUCCCUGCAGCGAAUAUCCGAAUUGGAAGCCGAUUAAAUUUGACAUGGAUGGGUUGCCUCGGUCUAAGCUAGUGUUGCAUUAUCUGGCAAUGGAUGUUGGUGUUGUAACACCGAUCAAGGAUGGUAUGAAUCUUGUGGCCAAAGAAAUGAUGAUCUGUAAUCCUGCUGCUGCUCUGAUACUUUCAUCAGGAGCCGGCACUGAAGUGCAGUUAGGCAAUGCAGGCUUUUAUGCUCAGGAUAAGCAGUGUUAUUACAGAGUGGAAGAUGUUGCUGAUGCUGAGGUUUGUUAUGCGUUUUUUGCAGCAAUGCAAUGCGAAAAACGCAUAUUGACGAGAGGUUGUCUGUGU